CAUUUUUACGCGUCCCGGGCCCGCGAUUUCAAUUCAAUGUGAGUUUCACCUUUUAUUAUUUGAAAAAGAAUCUAGAAACGAGGGUUACCUACCAUGAUGAGCAUCGGCCGUCUUCUAUUUGCCACUCUGUUCGUCAGCUGCGUCAUAGCAGAGGACGGAUUGAAUGCCUGGCUCCGCUAUGCUCCAAUCCCCAAUGCCAAUUGCUGGCAGGGCCGCCUUCCUUCAACAGUCAUCUCGCUCAAUACGACCAAAACUAGCCCGGUAUACACUGCCGGAGAAGAGAUUAAAACAGGACUGAGCGGUAUCUUUGGUCUUAACGUCACUGUUCAGCAUGAACUUCAGAGAGAGUCCGGCAACGGUUCCGAAUCGGCCAUCAUUGUUGGCACAGUGGAUGCUUAUUCCUCAGAUAAGAAGAACAUCCCUCAGCUGAUCGAUGAUGGCUUCUACUUGGACAUUCGUGGAGACACAGUCUUGAUUCUCGGACAGAAUGAGAGGGGAGCCCUAUAUGGCGCGUUCGAGUAUCUUUCUCGAUUGGCUCAAGGUGUCGAUACCAAAGUUGCCUAUGCUUCAAACCCGGACGCUCCCAUACGAUGGGUCAACCAAUGGGACAAUCUGAUGAACGGUGGAACACAUGGCAGUGUUGAACGUGGUUAUGGUGGAAGCUCAAUCUUCUUCUGGGAUGGCUUCGUGCGUGAUGAUCUAACUAGAGUUGCCCAAUAUGCUCGGAUUCUAGCAUCCAUUGGCAUCAACGGAAUAGUCGUCAACAACGUCAAUGCCAACGCGACUCUUUUGAGCGACCGCAACAUAGAUGGCCUCGGUCGAAUUGCAGAUGCCUUCCGCCCGUGGGGAAUCCAGAUCGGCAUAUCGCUACUAUUCUCAUCCCCUCGAGACCUAGGAGGGCUUACCACCUUUGACCCCCUGGAUCAGGGGGUCAUCAAUUGGUGGCACGAUAUUACCGAUACCAUAUAUACCAAGGUUCCAAACUUCGCUGGCUAUCUGAUCAAGGCAAGCGCGGAAGGUCAGCCGGGCCCACUGACUUACAACCGGACUCUGGCCGACGGCGCCAAUCUGUUCGCAAAGGCAGUGAAGCCGCAUGGCGGUAUUGUCAUGUUCCGUGCCUUUGUUUACGACUCUACGACCUUGAACCAGACACUCGAUUGGAAAGCAGACCGUGCCAAUGCAGCUGUGCAAUUUUUCGAUGGACUGGAUAGCAAGUUUGAAGACAAUGUCGUGAUUCAGAUCAAGUACGGACCAAUCGACUUCCAAGUGCGUGAGCCGGUCUCGCCGUUGUUCGCCCACCUUCGUGAAACCGGCAGCGCUAUUGAGCUCGAGAUUAGCCAAGAAUACUUGGGUCAGCAGGCACAUUUGGUAUAUUUGGCUCCGAUGUGGAAGGAGAUGCUUGACUUGGACUUGAGGGUUGACAGUGAAUCUUCUCGUCUGAAGGAUAUCAUCAAAGGCCAGCGAUUCAAUCAAAAGCUCGGGGGCUACGCAGGUGUUGUCAACGCCGGUACCAACACCACCUGGCUCGGCAGUCACACUGCCAUGUCCAAUCUAUACGCGUAUGGCCGACUAGCAUGGAAUCCUGAUCUAUCUGCCGAGGAUCUGCUCGAAUCGUGGACAAAGCUCACAUUCGGCCACGACGAACUUGUCGUCAACACCAUCAAAUCCAUAUCUAUGAGCUCGUGGCCUGCUUAUGAGAACUACACUGGCAAUCUCGGCAUUCAGACCCUGACUAAUAUCCUUUUGGCCCAUUAUGGACCCAAUCCCGCUUCUCAAGAUGGCAAUCCUUGGGGUCAGUGGACGCGAGCUGAUGGUAACUCUAUCGGCAUGGAUCGCACGGUAUGGAACGGUACGGGAUUCGCGGGACAGUAUCCCCCGGAGCUGGCGGCAAGGUACGAGAAAAUCGAGACUACGCCCGACAAUCUGCUGCUCUGGUUCCACCACGUACAGUACAAUCAGCCACUCAAGUCCGGCCUGACUGUGAUCCAACAUAUCUACGAUGCCCACUACAAUGGUGCGGCGACAGCCCAGAUGUUUACGUCUGCUUGGGAAAGCUUGAAGGGACUAAUCGAUGCAGAACGAUACGAGCACAUCCUGUAUCAUCUGGUUUACCAAGCCGGACACUCGAUAGUGUGGAGGGAUAGCAUCACUAACUUUUACUUCAACAAGUCCGGAAUCGCCGAUGAGAGGGGCCGUGUUGGAAACUACAUAUACAGAAUUGAGGCAGAAGAUAUGCAGCUGGACGGCUACAAGCCGUACAAAGUUCUGCCUAUCGAAUCAGCAUCAAAGGGUGUCUGCAUUGUUACAUCAAGCAACUCCACGCAGGGCACUGCAACUACUACGUUGCUAAACGUCUCUGGCAAGUACAAUAUGGCAGUGAAUUACUUCGACAUGGCGAUUGGCAACUCUUCCUGGGAAUUAUAUCUAGAUGACAACCUGGUGGGAAAGUGGAAGGGCGACGUUGAGUACAAUCUUGGAAAGGCCCCAACGCCCUACAUUGAUGGACAGACCGCCACGAGGAUCACUUUUAGGAAUGUCGAUGUCAAAAGUGGGGCCGUUCUCAAGGUUGUGGGCACUCCCGAUGGGUUGGAAUCAGCGCCACUGGACUACAUUUCGAUUUUGCCCCUCGGAGUCGUUGACUGAAAGACUUUCUUAAAGACCACCAUGAAUAGGGUCCGCCAUGCGUUGCUAGCCGCAGAAAAUCUGUUGCCAGGUGGUCUCUGCGUCAAGGCCUUUGGACAAUCUCCAUUCAGCUGUAGACCUCUCAGAUCUUCAACUUAACUUGAUAUUACAAAUAAUAGAUCCAAUUCUCUUCGGGAUCAACCUGUGAUCGACGACAUAGUCCAUGACAUAGUUAAUCUAAC